AUGCCUGUGCUUCUCACCGAUAACAUUGCGUGUGAUCUAGGGCUUUCGAAUGGUACUCAAGGAAUCUUUCGAAAGCUCAUAUACGAUGAUCAGGAAGAUCCGACCGAUUCAAAAAUAAAAAGGGAAGUAUUUCCCUCAAAUACGAUUUACAUACGAAAACCAUUAUAUGCGCUCGUAGAAAUUAACACAUCACAAGUAGAAACAAGUCUUAUUGGACUCCGUCCUAAACUAAUCCCUAUUCCACUUAUCAAAAAGCAAUUUACUGUUUCCGUGAGGCAACUACUCUUCGGUCAACUGUUCGAACGUAUGCAAGGUGAGAAAAAAGUUUCACAAAUGAUCCAAGUUACACGAACACAACUACCAAUCGUACCUGCCUUCGCAAUAACUACAUAUAAGGCACAAGGACUCACCAUGAACAAAAUCGUAGUCGAUCUUUAA